ACAGACAGUCAUACAGACACACAGAGACAGACACACAACAGACAGACAGAGACAGACAGACUCAAACUUCAUGUGAGCCUGAGAUGCCUUCAGACAGAAUCUGACGCGUCCUGCUGUUUCCUCCACAGACUCCAGAAUAAAGAGGAGCAGAAAAUGGCAGCUGCAGACGUCCUCUGCCUCACGUUGUGGAUCGCCACAGUCUUCACCGCUGGACUCGGCUGCCCUGAGUUCUGUGGCUGCUCCGACAAACACGGCCGCCAUGUUGCUGAAUGCUCCUACAAAGAAAUCACAGAAGUUCCGCGUGGUUUUCCGUCCAACGUAACAACCAUGAGUCUCUCCGCUAAUAAGAUCAGUCUGAUACCACUUGGGAGUUUUGACAAUGUGACCCAGGUGACGUCGCUGUGGAUGGCCAACAACCAGAUCGUCUCCAUCGAACAAGGGACCCUCGCUCCUUUGGUUCAUCUGCGUUACUUUGACAUCAGCCACAAUAAAAUUGUAGAUUUUCCCUGGGAGGAUCUGCAGAACCUCACCGGCCUGCAUCUGCUGAAGAUGAACCACAAUGAGAUGACCCACCUGCCGAUGAACGCCUUCUCCAACCUAAGGGACCUGAGGUCCAUCCGACUCAACAACAACAGAUUCACAACCAUCGCAGAGGGGACAUUUGACGGUUUGGUGUCUUUGUCCCAUUUGCAGAUUUAUAACAAUCCGUUUUCAUGCACCUGUUCCCUUGACUGGCUCCGAGCCUGGAUUUCAACGACCACCAUCUCAGUCCCGGAGCAGAAUUGGAUUGUUUGUGAAAGUCCAGAGAAACUCAAAGGGGAAGUGAUUGGAAAGUUCCCAGAGUCAAAGUGCACGAGCCCAAAUGUCACAAUACAAACAAAUAUUCAUAACUCGACUGUGGAGGAGGGGAGAACAUUGGUCCUGACUUGUGAAUUCAAAGGAAACCCAAAGCCACUUGUCCUGUGGAAUAUUCGCAGCAGAAGCCAGAGGCAGGAGGUGGCUUUGUCGUUCACCGAGGACGACUCUGCAGAAUCAAACGAGGACUAUGCACUGUCCCAUCAUCGCUUCAAAAUCUUUAACAACGGGACUCUAAUCAUCCCACACCUCAAGAGAGAAGACGCCGGUAGCUACAGCUGCUCGGCCACAAACGAGGUUGGCAGAGCUGAUGAUUCGGUGUCAAUAAUGGUGGCGGCUUCACCACAACGAACACACAUACCACAGAGGACCACCCAAACACGCCCAACAACAGAGAAAAUAUCUGUUUCUGACUCUGUGCGUCUGCUGAAAGUAAGGACAGAAGACACCACGAGCGUUUUGCUAACUGUCUCACCCACUGCAGAGAUGAAUUCUCAGUCUUACGAAGAGGAAACAAAAGAUCCGUCACGUGCCAGUAAAUGUGGCCUGACGGCAAAUACCAGGUACAUUUCUAGCCACGUCGUCAACGGCAGCCUGGAUGACAUCAAACACUACACAUUUGAUUUUGGCGUCAUUGCGUUAGGGGUGUCAGAGACGGAGGCAACAGUGCGACUCAACCCACUUCUCAUACCCAGAGAGAAGAGCAGCAACCGGGCUGUUCCCACAUCUGGGAGCCUCCACACGGACAGGGGAGAAGAUCAUGACCUUUCAGAUGUCUCAGAAAAAGUCCACACCAAUGGCUUGUACCUGUGCAUCUCUGCCGAUCGCAAACACUCGGCCGUGCAGUGGUCGAGAAUCAAAGAAGGCGUGAGCACAUAUCAGUUCAGCGGUUUACGCCCCGGCACCAACUACUCCCUGUGUCUGACCUACAGAGGAGACGACUGUGAGGUGCAGGUGCUGUUCACCACCAGGAGGAGGGUCCCCAACCUGCUCAUCAUCGUCUCCGUCAGCAUCUGCCUCCUCACCGUGUCGACCGUGCCUCUGCUUGGCGCCACCUGCUUCCACCUGGUGUACAAAUACCGCAGCAAGACGUACAAGCUGAUCCUAAAGGCCAAAGACCAGUACCACAUGGAGAGGAACCUCACCGCCAACUUCAACAUCCGAGCACCGCACACCGACUCCCAGAGGAAGAUUAACGGCAGCCAGCUGGACGAGGAGGAGGGGGAGAGCAUGGACGGAGAGAGAGAAGCAGAUACGGAGGAAAGUGUGGUGACCGAGUCACUCACUUUGUCCCAGUGCCGAGGAAAUUUAGACGACUGUGAGGUCGGAUCUGAGUUCAGUGAUAAGUUACCUCUGGGAGCUGAAGCUGUGAAUAUUACGAGCAACUACAAAUAUCCAAAUCAGUAAAUGAUGAAUGUUUCUAAUAAUGAUUUGUAGUUUGGUUUUUUUUCAAGCUAAAACAGGUUUCAGUCUGUGGUUAAGGUUCCUUUAAGCUUUUUAAAAGCAGCAAAGAAACACUGAAGAUUAGAAAAUAUAUUUCUGUGUUUUAAACCACAUGCAGAGCUGAAACAUUCAGAAGCAUCAGAGGAUGUGAGUGAACGCUGCAGUGGACCUGUGUUCAUCUUGUUAUGCACGUUUUUGUAGUUUGUAUUUCUCACAACAACUAGAAAGAAAAAAUACAACGAGCUUGUGUUCGACUAAAAGCAAAGAUUUGAUGUUUCCAAGCCAGACUUUUGUCUAAUCAUGAGUAAAAACUGUUUAAGAUUUUGAGAAAUACAUGUAUGUGCUUUUUUGGCAAUGGUAAAAUGAAAAACUUUCAUCUGUCUGGUAAAUAUAAAACUUUAGGCAGCAGCCUGCGUCACAUAUGAAAUAUAUAAAGUAUAAUGUAGACUAGAUAUAAGCAGGAGUAACUGUUACUUAAAUGUACUAAUAUUCUGCUUUAAGCUAUUGAUCUAUGCUGUCGUAUUACUGUAGAAGUGCAGUAGCCUAAAAAUACAGACACAGGUUUUAAUGUUUAUAAAAACUGUGUUUCAAAGAGAAAUAAUUAUUUCGUGUCCUGCAGCCGUGAGCUCAGUGUUGAACUGUGAACGUUUCCUAUGGAGAAAACUGUUUCCGUGUUGAAUCAAACUGGGUGUUUGUCAAACAAAACAUUAAUUCAGUAUUAUCAUCACGUCUUUGAUAGUAAAAGCACCAGUGAGUGUGUAUGUGAAGCUGCUGUUCUUGUAUCCAGGUCAUGUGUCCAUCCUGUUUUUCUACUGUGUUAGACCAGAGAUAAACUUGCUUUUAACUAAUGGGCACGCUUCCUCUAGUGAAGUACUCCGGUAACAUGUAUACUCGUAGUACAUAGCAAGUAUAACGUUCAUAACGUGCUUCGCAAAUGUGCAUAAAAACAAGUAUAGCUCCGGCCUUAGAGAACCUGCAUGCUGUUGUUGUUGUGAGUCGCAGUUUGUUGUUUCUUGUGAACAAAUUCUUAAAGAAAAGUUCUGCCCUUGUGUCUUUUUUCCGUUUGAUAAAU